CACCUAUUCAUUCAGUACUCACAAAAUACAAUAAUUUGGUGAAGAAGUGGCACUUAGAAGGUAAGAAAGUUUCACCCGAAACCAGAAGGAGAAAGUGCUCCUAACGUUGGAUUAGACCCUCUACCAUGCUCCUCUGCCUCUGAACCCCAAAUGGAGAAAAUGUUGAUUGUGUUGUUCAUGAAUGUGCUUGUGUUCAGUGCCUCUGUUGUGUCCACAGAGCAGAGUCAUAUCUCAGCCGUAGGAGACCCAGGAAUGCAGAGAGAUGGUCUGAGGGUGGCCUUUGAAGCUUGGAACUUCUGCAACGAAGUUGGGGAAGAAGCUCCUCACAUGGGUAGCCCAAGAGCUGCUGACUGUUUUGAUCUUUCGGAUUCUCUGACUCACAAGGUCACAGAAGCUGAUAACAGACUUGGCGUGGGAGAGUCGUUUCCUGGUCUAAAGUUACAAAAUAUCAAUAAUACAGACCUUUAUGCAGCGGAAAAGGAACUGUAUCUGGGUUCUUUGUGUGAAGUUGCAGACACCCCAAGGCCAUGGCAAUUUUGGAUGGUAAUGCUGAAAAAUGGAAACUACGACACCACGUCUGGGUUAUGUCCCAAGGAUGGAAAAAAGGAACCCCCUUUUAGUCCGGGACGGUUUCCUUGUUUUGGAAAAGGGUGCAUGAACCAACCCAUCUUGUGCCAUGAAAGGACACAGCUCAAAGAUGGAAGAAUGUCUGGGGGAUUCAGGGGUACUUACGAUUUGGAUGCUGGUUGUGGGGGUGAACAAGAAAGUGCAUCUUACUAUGAGGUAAUUUGGGAGAAGAAAGUUAAUGUUGGAAGUUGGGAGUUCAAACACAAGCUAAAGACUUCAAAGAAAUACCCUUGGUUGAUGCUGUACCUUAGAGCUGAUGCAACCAAAGGAUUCUCUGGGGGUUACCACUACGACACAAGGGGAAUGUUAAAAACUCUUCCAGAGUCACCAAAUUUCAAGGUGAAGUUGAGGAUGGAUAUCAAGCAAGGGGGAGGUUCCAAGAGCCAAUUCUACCUUCUAGACAUGGGAAGCUGUUGGAAGAACAAUGGUGCUCCUUGUGAUGGAGAUUUACUCAGUGAUGUGACUAGAUACAGUGAAAUGAUCAUCAACCCUGAAACCCCAGCGUGGUGCAGCCCCAAAGGGUUGGGUAAUUGUCCACCAUAUCAUAUAACUCCAGACAACAAAAAAAUCCACAGAAAUGACACAGCCAAUUUCCCCUACUCAGCAUAUCACUUUUAUUGUGCUCCUGGGAAUGCUGAACACUUGGAGCAACCAGUGAGCACUUGUGACCCUUACAGCAACCCUCAUGCACAAGAGAUUCUUCAGUUGCUUCCUCACCCUAUAUGGGGUGAGUAUGGGUAUCCCACUAAAAAGGGUGAUGGUUGGGUGGGUGAUGCACGAACUUGGGAACUCGAUGUUGGAGGGCUAUCGAGUAGACUCUACUUUUAUCAGGACCCAGGAACUCCUCCUGCCAGAAGAGUGUGGACAUCUCUUGAUUCUGGUACUGAGAUAUUUAUUAGCGACAAGGAUGAAGUAGCAGAGUGGACUCUUAGUGAAUUUGAUGUCAUUCUAACAGAACCAGGGUCCAACGUUACAGAUAAGGCUGAGAGAAAGUAAUGAGGAAAAAUCAUUGUAAUCAAAACUUUUGGGAUUUUAGAUUGUCAACAAAGUGCAGGCUUCUAAAUCCUAGAGGUGCUAGAACUUGAGAAAAUAUACAUAAAAAAUAAAUUUCAUUCGUCAAAUAAAUAAUUGUUUCGCAAAAUCUUAGCUUGGUAGGGUUUGGAUAACAUUUUUGAAUCCCAGAUUACGAUUUGGUAGAAAUGGAAAAGAGUUGUUUUAUCCCAGAUUAUGGUUUGGUAAAGUAAAAUGAUUUCGAUAA